AUGUCCCGCAAUGGACACAGCAAGGAACAGACUCACAAGCACCCCUAUCUUGCAGGCAAUUUUGCACCAGUAACACAGACAUGGACUCCAACACCUGUUACCUGGACGGGGAACCUCCCCAAAGAACUCAAUGGCGGCAUGUACGUCCGCAACGGGGGCAAUCCCAUCGCCAAUUCUGAUCUUGGACGUGAGGCCCACUGGUUCGACGGCGAUGGCAUGCUCUCUGGCGUUUGGUUUGGACGCUCGUCCAACGAUGCCAGCGGGCUCGAUGUCCAGUUCGUCAACCAGUUCGUCCUUACGGAUGUGUAUCUAUCGAGCCUCGAGAGCAGUACACUGCGGACACCGAUCCUGCCCAGCAUUGCGACCUUGACGAAUCCCGCCUCCAGUCUGUUUUGGAUCAUUUGGAGGAUCAUGCGCACCGUUUUCAUCGUUCUACUAUCACACUUGCCUGGCUCGAACUUCACCAUCAAGCGCAUCAGUGUCGCCAACACCAGUGUGCUAUAUCAUGAUGGAAGAGCACUGGCCACCUGCGAAAGCGGACCACCCAUGCGUCUUACUCUACCUGGGUUGGAAACUGUCGGCUGGUUCGAUGGGAAUGCAGUGGAAGGCGAGCCGAAGGAUGAAGCCAAGAAGGAAGAGCCCACACUUGGUGGGACAGGACCGCUGAGUUGGAUGCGUGAAUGGAGUACCGGUCAUCCCAAAGUCGACAACACAACUGGUGAAAUGGUUUUGUUCCAUUGCAGUUUCGCUCCUCCAUACGUACAGUACUCGCUGAUACCACCUACGGGCUCCAACAUUACCGAUCACCAGGCAGCAGGCGAGGCAGGCCGGAUCACCAACGCCCCAGUUCCUGGAUGCACGGGUGGAAAGCUUAUGCACGACUUCGGCGUGUCGAAGCACAACACAGUCAUCCUCGAUCUUCCACUCAGUCUCACGCCCCUCAAUCUUGCGAAGAACUCUCCUGUUGUGGCCUACGAACCUCACAAGCCUUCUCGAUACGGCGUCUUUCCACGUCAGCAUCCAGAGGCGGUGCGUUGGUUCGAAACAGGUGGCUGCUGUAUAUUUCACACAGCCAACACCUGGGACGAAUACGACUCCGAUGGCAAUGUGUCGGCUGUCAGUCUUCUGGCAUGUCGCCUCACGUCUGCGUCUGUUGUAUUCAGUGCUGGAAACAUUGCGCCUCCACCACACCCAAACCAUAGAGAUGCGAUACGCGAGAAGCCCAUGUCAUUCUUUGCCAAAUACGAUAACGACAGUGAUGAUCAGGAUCUUGAAAAGACUUCGAUCGACGAGACUUCGCCUUUGAUUUCUCACAGGGACGCGGUGCCAAACCCAUUCGGCGCGUCCUCAAGCCUACCAAUAUCCGAUGACGAUGAAGAGCAGUGCCGACUGUACUACUACCGCUUCUCUCUAGAGUCUGCAACCGAGAACAUCAUCACUCAUCAAUUCGCCCUUGCAGCUAUACCUGUCGAGUUUCCUACCGUGUCACCUUUGGCCGCUAUGAACUCCGCACGCUACAUCUACGCCUGCAGCACGUCAAACGAGUCUUUUGGCGCAGCGCUGGGGAAAGCUACAAAGAUUGAUGUCAUUGUGAGAUUUGACGUACAGGCUCUGCUUGCACGGGCUCAGGUCGAACCACCAGAUGCCAUUACUGGUUGCGUAGACAACCGUACUCUCAGCCAAAUCAUGGCUUCGAACGACCCCAACGACCCGAUCAAGGUUUUCAGACUCCCACCGAAGCAUUAUGGACAGGAAGCUACAUUUAUUCCUCGCUCAAGACGCGGUUCAGCAGCGAACAAGAAUACGGCCUUUGACGAGGACGACGGAUAUCUUGUUUUUUAUGUAUUCGAUGAGCGUCAGCUGGACAAUUGUGGGGAGUGUAAAGAGGAUGCAAAGAGUGAACUUUGGGUCCUGGACGCUCAGACAAUGGCACGAGUGGAAUGCAAGGUUCAGUUGCCGACUCGCAUUCCGUAUGGUCUCCACGGAAACUGGUUUACGGAAGAGCAGAUCGCUCGCCAAAAGGGGGUGGAGGAGGUACGGGCGCUGCCGGUAGCCGCCUCGAACACAAAGUGGAGUCGCAUCAAGAGGAGCAUCCAUGGGCGUCUGGGUUGA